AUGUUAUCUAGUCUAAAUUGUAGGGAGCGGAACCCAAGCUGCCGCUGUUAUUGGCUGUUGCUAACUUGCAUCGCACUUGCACCAUCUUCCCUACUCGAGACCGGCACUGGUAUCCGUGGCGUGGGGACUGGGGCCCUAGGGGCAGCGGCCGCUCCACACCUCACAGCAGCCGCCUCCCACAGCGGUCCCAUCAACAUCAACAAGCAGGUCCUCGCACCUCCCGCGAGGAAUGGGCGCGGCGUCAUGUCCAACCUCCGGCGCCUGGACCGCCCCCUCCACGUGUACUUCUGGCAGCGGCUGUUGGGCUCUGGGGCCCGGGUGGCGGAUGGAGACCUGGCGGACUGGUACUUCAUACCCGUACGCCAGAGGAGCUUCAGUGACUCCUGGUUUCUCCGUGAGGCCUUGUCGUACAUCCGUACGCAUCACCCCUGGUGGAACCGUACAGAGGGACACCGGCAUAUGGUGCUGCACACGGGCGAUUGGGGACUGGGGGAGGUGGCGAAGGAUGUACGGCAAAUGAGCUUGAACGUGACGUGGCUGACACAUUGGGGUUUAUCCACCGACCGCCCCAACAUUCAGAGGUGGACCCGGGCCUUCCGACCCGAGAGGGAUGUGGUUAUCCCCGUCUACAUCUCCCCGGGGCACUUCGUACAUUUCGGUAUUAACCGCUCUCCGCUGCAUCCCGUCACAGCCGCCUCACGCCGUACGGCAGCUCGUCCUAGGAACGAGUCCUUGCUGUUCUUCGCGGGCAGGAUAUGCCACGACGCCAAGCGGCCUAACCCCGACACCUUCCCAGCGUGUGGGGACGAUACGGCGGAGUGGUACGGCGGGGGAGUACGGGAGAAGUUUUUCGUGUCUCACUGGAACCGCAGCGGGUUCCACGUUGUGCGCUCCGAGCCCCGCUACAGCCACUACAUGAGCAGGUCGGUGUUCUGCCUGGCGCCUCCGGGUGCGGGACACGGACAGAGACAAAUACAGGCCCUGUUCAUGGGUUGCGUUCCGGUGACGGUGGCUGACGGCGUGUACGAGCCCUUCGAGCCCGCACUCAGCUGGGAGGAGUGGGGGCUGCGGAUAGCGGAGCAGGAUAUACCCCGGGCGCAUGAGCUGCUGGGGGGGUUGACCCGGGAGCAGCUCGCGGAGAAGCAGUCCCGGAUGCACUGCGCCGCGCAGCACAUGCUGUACAGCACUAUCACAGGUGCCGUACUUGGGGAGGACGGCCGGUACGACGCCUUCGAGACGACGCUGGAGGUGCUCCGCGUGCGGGCCGCGCAUCCAGAUGCCCCUCAGCAGGACUUCAGGCGACUGGAUCCGGAUUUUGCGGCCUUCAUGGAUUGCCGCCCGCCCCCCGGGUUCAACCACGCCGCCCGGGACCUGCGGUUCCGGGAGCGGUCUUGCUACCAGGUCCUGCGGGGCGGGGGCUACAUGGGGGUACCUGGGGGGGCCAUGUGCGCCAAGGGGUUCAAGACACGGCUGGCGGCAUGUCCCCGGCUGUGGGGCUGA